AUGGAGAAAGUAAGUCCAUCAUCAGUUAUCAAAUCUGUGAGCCAGUUUUUACGAAGUGAAUGCUACAUCGGAGGACGAUGGAUUACUUCUAACCUCAAACAAACCUUUAAAGUAUACAACCCUGCAAACGAUGAGCUAAUAGGUGAAGUACCUGAUUUGGCAGAAGAAGAUUUAAAGAAUGCCGUCAAUGUUGCAAAUAAUGCAUUCCUUACAUGGCGGAAAGUGUCUUACAGAGAACGAUCGCGUAUCAUCAGACGUUGGAGCGAGUUAUUAUCCGAAUAUCGUGACGAUCUAGCGGCCAUUAUCACUCUAGAAGAGGGCAAGCCGUUAGCCGAAGCUAAAGGUGAAGUAGCCUUAGCCAUUAAUUACGUUCAAUGGAGCGCUGAAGAGGCCAAUAGAAUCCAUGGCGAUGUGUUACCUAGUCAUGCACAAGAUCACCGUUUACUGGUUAUAAAGCAACCAGUUGGUGUAUCAGCACUCAUAACACCAUGGAAUUUCCCUAUUAAUAUGAUUACCCGAAAAGCUAGUGCAGCCCUGGCUGCAGGUUGUACAACGUUGGUCAAGCCUUCGGAGUAUACACCAUUUUGUGCGUUGGCAUUAGCCGCGCUAGCUGAAAAGGCAGAAUUCCCACCUGGUGUAUUCAAUGUCAUAACAAGCAGUGCAAAAUCCACUCCACGUAAUGUUAAAGCUUUAAUAGACAAUCCUUUGAUCAGAAAGCUAUCAUUUACUGGAUCUACUGCAAUUGGCAAGUUAUUGAUGGAACAGUGUGCCCAAACUUGUAAACACGUAUCGAUGGAAUUAGGUGGAAAUGCUCCGUUUAUAGUUUUUGAAUCGGCUGAUAUAGAUAAUGCGGUAAAAGGCUGCAUUGCUUCUAAAUUUAGGAAUACUGGUCAGACAUGCAUUUGCGCCAAUAGAAUUUUUGUUCAUGCUUCGGUUCACGAUAAAUUUUGUGAGAAACUUGUUGCCGCUAUGAAGAGAGAUCUUAAAGUUGGUUCAGGAUUUGAGGAAGGUAUCACUCAAGGCCCUCUCAUUACAGAAAAAGCUUUUGCUAAGGUUGAAAGGCAUAUCAGUGAUGCAGUAUCGCGUGGAGCAACAAUUGUUACUGGUGGUAAGAAGCACUCCUUAGGCGGUCGAUUCUUUGAGCCGACGUUAAUUACUGGUGUUACAAGCGAUAUGGCAGUAGCUCAGGAGGAAACUUUUGGCCCUCUGGCUCCAUUGUUUAAGUUUACUAGUGAGGAAGAUGUGAUCACUUUAGCAAAUGCUACGAAUGUUGGCUUAGCAGGCUAUUUUUACUCUAACGAUUUGAAUCAGAUCUGGAGAGUGGCUGAGGCAUUAGAAGUUGGUAUGGUGGGAGUGAAUACAGGUCUGCUUACUACGGAAUACGCUCCUUUUGGAGGAGUUAAGGAGUCUGGUCUUGGCCGUGAAGGGUCGAAGUAUGCACUGGACGAAUUUUUAGAUAAAAAAUAUAUUUGUAUGGGUGGUAUCAAUUAG